UUAUUAUUAAUAUGUCUAUAUGAAUAAAUAAAUAAAAAUGGAUAUGCCGGAGAUAACUAGAUGUUUUGAACAUUCAUUUGGUGACAAUUUGCAUAAUACGCAGAGGUCGAAUUAGGAACAAAAUUACACCAAAAUGUUAUGUUAUCGUAUUUUGAGGACCUUUACAUCAGGUGACUUGUUAUAGAAAAUAAUAAAUUUAUGAUAAGUGACAAUCUACUCUAGAGAUAUACGAAAUGAAUUUUAUCAACCAGGUUUGUGUAGCUCGAUACAGUCGGGUACCUUUUUGGACGACGCAAUGCUGCAAAGAUAUCAAGUCGAUAAAUAUGGUAAACAGCAAAAAUAUUGGAUUUAUACCAGGUAAAAGCAUGUUAUCAGAGAGGUUACAAACCAAUUUGUGUACUGAAAGUCUUCGGACAGUCUCCGGAUCAACUGUGUGGACACAAGUUCGGACUUUCGUGCUGUAUCAGAAAGAUUGUCCACGUCUUCAUCGUGAUAUAGAAUUUCCAAACUUUGACCCAUACAGAAAAGAUGAUUAUAUAGACGUCAGAAAGACAAGUUGGGGUUCCGGUGAUACUAAACCGGGAUAUACAUACGUCGUUGGUUUCUUUGGUUUCCUUUGUGGAACAUAUGCAGUGAAAUCGGAGGUAGUACAUUUCAUAUCUUACAUGGCAGCGUCAGCGGAUGUGCUGGCGUUAGCAUCCAUUGAAGUAGACAUAUCAAAAGUGGCUCCAGGAACGUGUGUGUCAUAUAAGUGGCGUGGUAAGCCUCUAUUCAUCAAGCAUCGAACACAAGCUGAUAUUGAUUUAGAAGCAAACACCCCUCUCUCUGUUCUGCGGGAUCCAGAAACCGCUGAACAGCGUACAGUUAAUCCAGAAUGGCUUAUUGUCGUAGGUAUCUGCACGCAUUUAGGGUGUGUCCCUAUUCCUAAUUCAGGGGAUUGGGCUGGCGGUUUCUACUGCCCUUGUCAUGGUAGUCAUUAUGACAACGUGGGUAGAGCUCGUAAAGGUCCAGCACCACUUAAUUUGGAAGUGCCACCAUAUAAAUUUAUGAGUGAUACACUUAUAGUAGUAGGCUAAUAUUACUGUUAAAUAUUUUUAUACACACGUCAUGUAUUCUUUCGAAAAAAUAAAUAGGUAUAACCUAAAUUGUAAACGAAAUAUCUGUUAUGUACCUACCAACUCAGCUUCUGUCCUAGUGUUAGUAAGUUAAUUAAAAAUUUAUGGAAUAGUGUUCAACUAAGAUACUACCUAUAUGUGCUGCAUACAUAUUUACACGUAUUUAAUGAGUAGAAAGGUUUUACAUUAUUAUGUAUAGAUCAUAACUACAUAUAGCUAUGGCUGUUAUAUAUAUAUACAUUUGAUAACUAAAUAAGACGGGCGAGUUUUAUGAAGGUGACAAAUUUAUUAAGAUUUUAUCAAUGGUUUCAAAGUGUACUGCGUGGAGGUAA